CGUCUUAAAGAUUACUUUUUAUUUAAAAUCAUCCUUCAAUUGUGUGACCAUAUCAUGCGUACAUAAAAUUUGGAUAGCGGGAAAAUGUCUGCUGGAGAAGCCCUUUUCAGAAUAUAUGGAAAAUCUAUCGAAAGAAUAUGUCUCUGAUAUUGUGGUGGUAAGUAAGUAGGUACAAUAUGGUUGGAGUUUUGUGAUCAUUCCUUUCUGUUUUUACUUAAAGUAUCAGUUCAAACAAGCUUCAGUCUUACGUCGCGGCGUAAGUUUUUAUUUUUGUUAUUUUUGUUUCGUCAGGGCGAGAAUACAUCAUACUUGGACCAGGAUAUUUACAUAGUAACGGGUGGUAAAUUUACUUAACGACCGUAAAGUAUAAGCAUGAGUUGUGACUAAAUUUAACACCAGCGUAUGUGGGGAGUUAUUUAAAAUUGAAGGAGCGAGACAAGUUGUUUCCAAAGUCAUUAACAAAGAAGAUGUUGAACUGAAAUUGACCGCUCCAGGCAACAUACAGAAUUAAAAUGACUGCAAACGGGAAAAUAAAUAAGAACAGAGUAAUUCCUGUUCAGCUGACUGUCGAGGAAGACCAAAAAUUAGUUGAAGAAAACAACGGAGCGUAUGCAUCUCCAUUAGUGCCGAGCCUUGAGGAGAAAGAGAGCCCUGAGUUUAACCGGAAAGUACGGGUAGUUUCUCCAUUAAAAUCGGCAGGUCAAGCAAAGGUGACUGUGUCAAAAUGGAGAAAAUAUGCCAGGAAAAGAGCCGACAUUGCAGCAUGGCACGAAUAUCAAAAAGCGCGCAUCGAUUUUCCAACUAUCCGUGAAAGCAUGAGAGUAAAUCAUCAUCGUAUGAACGCGGCGCAACUUAGCGAUUUGGAAGAACUCGUGGAGAUCACUUCGCAAGAGAAACGUAGAAAAGAUGGCGGGGUAUCUACCGUAAGUUCCCCCAGCAGAGCUCUGCUUUAUUAUUUCGCCAAGUUAGCUGCGUCGACACGCGAGGAGGAGGUAAUUGAUCUAGAGUUCGUUGAAACGCUUAUCGAAAGCGGAGCGUCAGUGAAUACAGCUGAUCGACAUGGGCAGACAUUGUUACACGAAGCAGCCAGACAGUGGGAUCUCUCCGUAGCUAAAUUGUUGCUUGAAAGAGGUGAGUCAAAAAAUUUGUUAAGAGUAAGAAAAUUAAUGAUUUUCUAACCUUGUCGGGCAAAAGACGCCUAAUCUGACAGUUGAUUAAGUUCAAGAUUUCAAUACACUUUUAGAAAAAAACUAAAAUCGUGAUGGGAAUAUUUCAGCUUAGACAUGUGUUAGGUCAUCAGUGCUAGCAAUUUGUUUCUUGAAAAUAAUUAUUAAUACAUACCGAGCGUAUUGCUCAAAACAUUUUCAGCGAGUAUAUAUUUUACUCAAUAAAUAUUGGAAUUUCCUAUUGAUAGGAGUCAGUGAAUCACUCAUAAAAAUAUUUUUUGUAAACAUACCAGAUGAGCUUUUCGAGUUACAAAAUGAAAAAGCAACAAUGUGGCUUCAGGCCAGUCAAUAUUAUCAGCUCCCUCAAUUUUUAAUCAUUCACGAAAAUUAAAAUUAAGCGAAAGAUAAGAUAAAAGGUGACUGGAAAUUAAAAUUAUCACCACAAGUCUGUUUGGCAAUAUUUUACAUAGAUUUAGAAGUGGAACUGUCUAUUAUGUUAAGGCACGCGAACCCGUGACAAUAGCAGACAAUACCCGCAAAUUUUCGUUCCUCCAUACUCAAGUCCUAACCAUAAUUUCAAUUCGAACUUUUUUAGGUUUUUCUUUUUUGACGGAUAUUUAUAUUUUUCAAUAAAACGGCAGAAAUUGUUUUAUAUAGCAAAACUGGUAGGAAAUGUCUUAUCAACUUCCAAUUUUAAAUUCUUUGUAGCAGAUGUUAUUACAACUCGUAUCUCAUGUUUUUCCUCUUUAUAACUCAGUUUUAAUGAUAAUUUCAAGAUGUAACUUAUAAGACUUUUUUCUUUAAAAGGUGAAAUCCAAUUGCCUUAAGGAACUAUUUCAACCCUUUCAACAAUUUAACGUCGUAGUUUGGAUAAGAAAAAUAUUUUAUGGGUGCGGCCGGGUUUAACGAAAACAGAUAUUUAUACCGAGAUAUUGUUUAAAUGUGGUGUUGUUGCAGUUUUUAUUAAAUGUAUGCUUACUUUUUCGUUUUCUUCUUUUCAAGAUAAAUAAUAAAAUACGCACAUAAAACUAGGCUAAAUUAACUAAACAAAGACAACCAGUGAGACACAAUCGCCUCUUGAAGUUCAAAAAUGAAUUAGUGCAUGUUUUCCUAAUAUACGAGAUAAACUAAAUAAAUCUGCGAUACGGCACUGCUAUUGCAGAUGUUCACGUUCUCACGGAAAAAAUUCAACAUGAUUACCUCAAUCCGAGAAAAAAAGGAUGUCUUGAGAUCUAAUGCCUUAAUCUAAUUCGUGAUUCUAGGUGAGACUGACAAAUCUUUCCCGGAUCAAUUGGCGUUUAUUGGAAUUUUCUUCUGUCUUUUUUUUAUUAUUUCUAGAGGAGGUCGGUUCUCCUGUUAUAUAGCUCAGGAGGGAAAGCAAAUUAUGCUAGCACGACGAAGCGAUAGAGAUGAAGGCCGCUCUAGCAUUUGUUGUUUAUCAACUGCUUUAUACUAAUUAUCUACUUAGCAUUUUUUAAAAUGCUAAGAAUAAUACUGUCAUAUUUAUGAGUCUACGAGCAAUUCAGUAUGAGAGAAGAUUGAAAUACAAAUCGGCAUUCAUUUUACAAAAAAUCGAUCCUUAUGAAAUGGUCCUUGUAAAUAGCCUGCGAACGCUUUCUGUUAGCGUUCGCAGGCUAUUUACAAGGACCAUUUCAUAAGGAUCGAUUUUUUGUAAAAUGAAUGACGAUUUGUAUUUCAAUCUUCUCUCAUACUAAAUUGCUCGUAGACUCAUAAAUAUGACAGUAUUAUUCGAAUUUUUGAUGAAAGGAUGUUUUCCCUGAAGUCACGGGCUGGGGUCUCGCUUCUUGUCCCAGACACCGGUUUUGUUUUUGUUCUUUCAUGAGAGCCCUUGAGAUCUCCCUCAAAAAUCUGAUCUGAGCACGGCGGACGUGGGCCAAAAAUUUGCUUUAAAAGUGAAUCCGCGUUCUUUCAGUUUUCAUGGCAAUUAUUAUUCCAAUUUACUUUGUCAAAUUGAGUUGAAUUCCAAAAAAUAAAAUUCAAGUUCAGAAACUGACACGAAAUUUCUUCGUCCAUGAUGUUUAUUUUCUCCAUUAAAACGUUAAAUUAGGCAUUUUCUCGUUGUCACGUUGCAACAUGUCGCUUUUUUGACGUUCUCGUUGAUGUCGCCAUCGUCGGAACGUAAGGUCCCUAUGUAAGGGCCCCAUGUGCCUUCAUGGGCGUAGUUGCGCAAAGGCACCUUAGAGAGGAAGGCUAUCUCCAAACCUUUAAUACUAUUAAUCAUCAAGCUCUCUCCGUAUAAUACACCUUUUAAAACAGAGGCAGAAAAACCUUCAAUCAAAAAUAUCGGUUCCUUGCUCUUUCUUCACUGGCAACUAAUUGAGAGCCAACCUCAAACGAGCAUGGUCUCUUAAUGAUUUCGUAAAAGCAAAACCAUGAAAAAGCCUCACAACAAUUCUAGUAAUGGAGGGCUCGAGUCUGGUUUGUCUAUCAAUCAGAGAAACAACGGCCAGAAUUCUUUGUUUCAUUUCAGUCAGUGACAGGGAAAGACUGGGAAAGUGUCCGAGUUUUCCCAACAGAGACGAACCUAUGAAAUAGUUAUUCAUAAAGACAUUGAGACCCUCAUAAAGCUGCGUCUCCAACUGAAAACAUUAUUGUCGUUCUCGUUAAAAGCUACCAGCCUUAAAAUCGGUCAUCAUGAUGUCAUCAUCGGCUCAUAUUAAUACACUCGGGAAAGUAAGAAAGCAUAUCUCUGAAUCAUUUCAGUGUUCUGAGUGCGAACUUGCCUAGAUCUUCUCGGUUCCAGGCCGAGCGGAAUAAUGAGGCCUAAGGCUAGGUAGUAAGUGGACGAUGCGCUUUUCCUACAUUACCUCAAUAUACAUCACUGCUGUUUGUCCACUUACUGCAGAUCUGCACGUGAUUUUUUCAAUUUAGCCUCUAACAGUCUAAAUUAGUGUUCCCAGUGUUUAUUCAGUAUGUGUUUGGUAGUAAUCAUUUAACAGGUGCACAUACAGCUAUUUUAAUUAACCUUGUCAGAUUUUAAGGCAUCAAGCCAAAGCGAUAAAAAAUUAAAAUUUGCGGGUCUCAUUUCCCGGCUGUCAGUCCCAUAGAAUGGUAUCAAAAACGUUUACCUUUGUCAGUUUGUGACGUCAGGGGAAUCGUGCUUCAAUUGGCUGAGUUUGGGAAUUUUCAAAUGAAAUUUUUCAUAUUGCGUCGUGGUCUAGUUGCUUUAGCUUUAGGUGACUUCUUUAAUGUAAAUGGUUGUAUAUCACCUGAUUAACUAGGUCGUAAACAACUCUGAUUAUUUCAGCCUCAACCAUGACAUGCAGAGCCAAACAAACGCUUGCUUCUUGUUCUUUUUCGUCACCAGGGGCAUCUGUCAAUCAAGCGGACAAGUAUGGCCGCACCCCUUUGCACGUGGCCGCUGCAGUGGACUAUCCAGAGAUGGUACAGUUCCUCGUUCAGCGGGGAGCAGAUAUCCACGCCAAAACUGGCAAAGAACAGCAGACGCCUGUGCACUUUGCAGCACGCAAUGACGCAGCUUUAUCGCUGAAAAUGCUGUUGAAAUGUGGUGCUGAUAUAACAGACAAAGACUUUAAACAGAGAACGGCUUUGCAGGUAGGUGUUAGACUUUUCAAUUCAUGGGUUUCAUUCGGAGUUUUUUUGUCAGGGAAGCUCUGUGAUAUGAUUUUGAGUAUUACCGUAUUUUUUUCCGUUAUAAGGCGCACUCGGUCAUAAAACGCACCCCAAUUUUUAACGCGAUUUUCUAAGUUAAAAAACUGAAAAUUAAGCCAAAAUACCCGGCUAUAAGGCGCAGCCGCGAUUUUUGGCGAUGUUCACCUUAACUACAGCAUCAGGCUUUCCAACAACACUCAUUACGGCCAUUCACCUAUGUGAACAAAAGGGGAAAAGGUUACAUAUUUUGAUCAAAAGCGAAAAAAUCACACCUAUUAACAUAAAACGCAUUGUUUUCUAAAGCUUCGAAUACUUAGAGAAGCCGUUUUUGUUCCAUAAACAAGUCAGCUGUAUUGUAAGUAUGUUAACUUUGUGUGCCUUCAACUAAACAUCAUUGGGUAACUGACAUAUGCAAUGUUUUCCUCUUUCAGGUGGCAGCGGAACUGGAUCGCUCUGAUACUGCGAGAUUUCUGAUAGAGCGGUCAGCGGAAGCUAGCGUGGUCGAUGACAGUGGCAUGACAGCCCUGGUGUUAAUGAUAAGCAAGAUGCCUAGCGUUGUAAGUUAGUCUGUUUACAAACCAACUUAAUUCUCCUUCCAAGGAACGCGGUUCUUUUGGGCAGCGCUCCUGCAGACCCUGGCGGGCGCCAAAAUGAUUGUGGCAUUCGUGGGCCGGGACCAUAAAGAACCCAGCUCUUUACAGAGAAUCCUCCAGGUCCAAUUACAAGGAUUAGUAUGGGAAUUCAUCAUGAGUUUCGAAGAUAAAAGACUAAAAAUGCCAUUGAUGUGUAUUUUUACUGUUUCUUCUAACUAGCAAUGAGUGUCUUGGGUCUGGGUGCCCUUCUAUGGAACGAGAGAAUGCUUUAUAAGUGGCACACGAAAGAACUCACCUGACCUACUCAAAAACACUUAAAGAUCAGAUGGAUCAGUGUUUUGACAUUUAUUCAUUAAUUAAAUAUUAGUUGAAACUUGCUAAUUCAGGAUCCUUCUCUUUUUUUUCUUGUUUCAGGCAAAAGAAGCUCUAAAUCAAUUUUAUUCCACUGACAGAGCCAAUAGAAAGCAGUACUUUUACUUAAAUUACCUUGAGCCUCCAGUACCAACCUGUUUGAGCAGCGGUUGCGCCAAGACAGCACUAGAAGUCAUUGUUCAGCUAAAGCAGUUUGAUCUAAUCAUGCAUCCUGUCAUACAGAGACUUAUUGCAGUAAAAUGGAAUUACUUUGGGAAGCGGGGAGCCUGGUGGCAAGUCAUAACAAACUUGUUUUUCGUGAUAUUGUGGACCGUGCUUGGUGUUACCACACCAUAUAAGGCAAAUGAACUUUUUGACCCAAUUGGGAAGAAGUGGUGGAGGGUUGUAAUAGGAUCGCUAGCGUUGUUAAUGACGCUUAAUUUUAUCAGGCAGGAAGUCAUGGAGUAUUUGGCUUCCAAAAGAGAACAUAAGCUCUGGGUAAAGUGGCGGGAAGAUGAACUGCGAGGCGACUUAGAGUUCUGUCAUCCGAGGUGGCCGGGAGAGAGACUCUAUCUAAUGCAGGAAAUCGACUCGCUGCGCCACCAAGAACCUUCGUAUCUUAAAGACGCUUGGAACUUCGUAGACUGGCUUUCCUAUGUUUUGAUUGUUGCUUCCAUAGCAACGCUUUUCAUAGCGUAUGUUUUUGACGACCCAAUGGCACUCUCAGUACACGUAAAUAUACUCUCAGCGACACUUAUCGUACUUUGGACUCGUCUAAUGAAGUACGCACGCGCAUUCACUACGUUAGGGCCCUUCGUGGUCAUGCUGGGUCACGUGAUAUACGAUGUGCUAAAAUUUGGCUUUCUGUUCUUUAUAUUCUACAUUCCGUACGCGGCCUCGUUUUGGAUGGUGUUCAGUCGGAAGGGGGUGGACGGCUACUCAUCGAUCACAGACCUCUUGUACAGCAUGUUUAGAAUGACUGUCGUUGAUGAGUACAACUACGACAGUCUGUCAAGAGCCCAGCCUAUUAUGGCCAAGGUACUUUGUGGCACUUACAUUGCAGUCUCGGGCGUGAUUUGUCUAAACCUUUUCAUCGCUUUGAUGUCGGAUACCUUUCAAAGAGUCUACGACAAUGUGAAAGCAAAUGCUGUUAUGCAGCAAGCGAGCACUAUUCUCUCCUUGGAGAAAAGUCUCUCCGUCUCAAAGCGACGAGCGUUUACGAACUUCAUCUACACACGAUGUAAUCCAGAAGAGAUGUAUUACGAUGAUGAUUUAGCUGGCGAAGGAGAAGAGAAGGAUUUGCAAAGAAUGACCCAUCAGAUAAAGGAGCAAGUUGAUAACAUUUUCAUGCACGUAAACGAGCAGGAAAACGAUCGAAAAAGGAAGAACGGCGGUGGCUCUUCAAAUGAUCUGCACAAACUACGCGAAGAAGUGAAAAGAUUGGAACAGCAGCAAAGAGCGCUAACAGCUCAGUUCCAUAAUCAGAUUGGGGAAGUGAAAGAUAUGAUCGGUGAAGUUAUUCAUACUUUGGGAAAACGGAAAAAGAAGAAGCAAACAAAAUAA